UUUUUGCCAAAAAGGGUAGAUAAUUUAAUUUAUGUAAAUAUUUUACUUUCAAUAGUUAAUUAUAAUGGAUCUACUGGCUAUGGACAGGAUUUCAUGAAAUCAUUGUUGGGCAAAGUGGGGACACUUGAUGUGAAUGAUGUGCAGUUUGCUGCUGAGUCACUGGUAAAGAGAGGUAGUGUUGAUGCUAGUCGUGUAUUUGCUCAUGGUGGAUCUCAUGGUGGCUCUCUCUCAGUUCAUUUAGUCUCUCAGUUUCCAGACUUUUAUAAAGCUACCUUUGUACGUAAUCCUGUCAUCAAUAUUGCUUCUAUGAGGAAUGAAACUGAUGCGAUAGACUGGACUCAUUCUGUUACUAGAUUACCCUAUGACCCUAAAGCCACACCUACUCCUGAUCAAUAUUCUAAAAUGUUUGAAAUUUCACCUAUUGUCCAUGCACAUAAGAUUAAAGCAGCUGUCACCCUAGCAGUUGGAGCAGAGGACCACAGAUGCCCUCCAUCCCAAGCUAGAGAACUCUACACUCUGUUACAUGCACAAGGAAAAGACGUCAAUAUGUUCCUAUACCCGGACUAUCAUCCCUUGAUGUCAGUGGACACUGAUGCUGACUGCUACAUGCAUUGUGUACUACUGUUUAACAAGUAUUCAUAAACCAAGAGAUGUUAGGAUUAUCUGUUAGGAAGA